AGAAGUAACAAACAGUAGAGCAGCCACAAAGCAGCUACCAGGAAUAUCAGCUGUCUUAUUGAAAUGUCAAUGUAGCUCCUUUUCGGUAACCGUCACGACCUUCUUACUGCAAUAUCGUUUUAUUAAACCUCCCGGACGUCUCCUGCUCUGAGAUAAACAGGAGACUUCUUGUGCUCAUCUUUGACAGUGGCUCCGCACUCGAAUCUGCUCUGGCGGGUGUUUGCCUCAACCUCUACACAUAAUCCUGUCAUGAACUUGGACGAGUCUGAUUAGCGACAAAGCGGCUUCUUCCAAAAAGUCGAUGGCAAAGCAAACAAGAAGCUGUUUAUGCUGCACUUCAAAACAGGUGUCUCAUCUGAGGCGUUAGCCGAAUGCUAACAUGAAGUGCCAGUGAGAAACGGAAUAAAACCACUGCAAACUGAUACGUCUUAUUUAUAGCCAUUAAUUAAUCACCAUAGUUAAACAUUAAAAGAUUAGAGUGUAAUGGUCUAAUGGAGCUGAACAGAGAUGAGAUCCCUGUUUAUGGUCAGGUGGAAGUGUGUGCAGUACUGCAGGAUCCUCAAUCUGUUCAGGAAAAAGCUGAAUACUAUGUGUUAUUAAAAGGCUCACAGAUCCACCAUGUCACCACAGCUCAGAGGAAGGAAAAGAGCCAUUUACUGAGCUUCAUCAUACCUGGUCACAAUGUGGCAGAAAAGGUCUCUGUACAGUUGUACUGCUGGGAUGAGAGCAGCAGCUGCAAUCAGCCAACCCUGAUGUCAGAGGAACUCUCACUGGAGUACAAAUGGGACACUAUACAGGAAGUGGCUGAUCUCCUCAUAUCUGACCCUGAUAACUUUACAACCAGCACACAUGUAGACAUCCAGAGAAAGUUCUGUUCAGGAGACAGUAUCCAGCCGGAGCAGAACAGUUCAGAUAUGAAUGAACAGCAUGGCAUGUCAACACUAGAUGAAGAAAGUUUAAGACUUAGCCAAACACUCAAUAAAAUGAAAAAAGAAUCAGGGAGUCACAAUCCAGAGGAAACUCCUGAAUGUUGUGAACCUGAUCCUGGUGAAGGAUUCAAACUGGAGCCAUGCGGUGAGGUUGAUGUGAAAAUCACACAAGCAGUUUCUAACAUGUUCUCUCUGCUGGAGUGGAGCAACCAAAAGUCACAGGAAUCACAAGCUUUCCACCACAUUGAGACCCCUCUGCACAUAGCUGUGCGUUUAGGUCUGUAUCACCUCACACUCUUCUACCUUCAUCAGUCUGGAGGUCAGGAAAUGGCAACACUGCCCAAUGAGGAAGGACACACUCCUGCUGAACUGGCCCAGAGCAGAGGCAAUGCAGCAAUUAUAAGUGCUUUAUCCAACCUUUUAGCUUGCAGAGAGGAGAGACCAGUGUGGAUGUCCCAAAUCUGGGCUGAUGAAUCACACCUCCUCAGAUCGUACCCAUUAACCAGUUCCUUCGUCCUGACGGUCAAACACACAGUUUAUUUUGAUCCCCAGAGGAGCAUCCAGCUCUAUAGGGAAAAACACGGAUAUGUAGAAAGCCACGUGCAGGAGGCUGUUCUCACUGAGGUGGAAGAGAAAAGCAGACCAAACCAGACAGAUGACUCCAGUGAUGAAGGUUUGAGCAGCCGGACAAACGCAGAGGAUUGUGUUCUGCUGAACAGUGUUUUUGAAGAACAGCUUGUUCUUUCUCUGGAUGAAGACGAAGAGAAUCCCACCACAUAUAAUUCAGAAAAGUCAUUUUGCUCUCCUCCAGGUUCCAGCUCUCCACUCCAGAUUCAGUCUACGGACAUCACUGCUGCCAGAAUCACAGCCAUGCUCAACCGCACCGGAAAGAAUGAUGAGCAGCACAGGAAGUGCAACAUUGCCGCAGUGACUAAUGACAGCUCUAACACUGACACACUUCCUGUCGUCAAAGUGGAUUGGACGAAAGAGCAGCGACCGUUCUCUCGCGCUUUCUCUCCGCCCCUCACUCCUUUCUCCCACACUUCUUCAGCAGGACUGGUGUUGGAUCGGUUUCUUCGCAGCAGUUGCCACAACGAUCACGACACUCGCAACGUGGGUUCACUUCCAGAAUCCUAUGAACUUAGCCCAAACCUCGUGGCCUUGGAAAUGGACAGUGAAGAGGAAGACGACGACAUGCUCAUGAAGAAGCCCCUCCCUCAGAUCUCAGCUGAAAAUAAAGACAACGGAGAUAAACAGGACGGCUUCAAUCCGUCCUCCGACCUCGGCUGCACCCGCUCUCACUCCGCUUCCUCUGACUGUAACCAUGGCUACCAGAAGGAAUGCGCAGAUCAGGGAUUACGUCUCCGUUCGUAUUCUUAUUCCUCACCCAAACUCAGCCUGCUGCCCCCCCGCGCCGGCCGAGAUGCCCCGCGUCCUCCUCCUGACCUCAACCACGAUGGCGUCCUCACCAGCAACACCAGCGGCAGCAGAUCUCUCCUACAGGCUCUGUCUCUGUCUAAAUCUCUGUCUCUUCUCAAUCCUGUUAAGCAGCGUGCGCUGAGCUUAACCGAGCAGACGCAAGAGAAAAGGGAGUUAAGGUUCCGUAGACGCACUCAGUCAGCCGAUGACGAGUCCAGCGUCGAGCUGACUGAUUCGCUACAACACCUCACGCUCUCCGAAUUCCUCAAAGAAAUCGAAGAAGAAGGCUGGGAUAAAUACAUUAUUCCUUCCAAGACUGAGCCUGAGAAAUACAAAGUCAGCCGCACCUUCAGUUUCAUUAAAAGCCGAAUGUACAGCACGCGCAGCAAGAAGGGAAAAGCCAAGGAAAAGGAAGUGAAAGAAAAACAGAGCAGCGGACACCAAUUUGCAGCAGGUCCCGUUCUGGGGACCUCGGUUUGUGAAGUGUGUGACAAACCUGUCACUGGGAAGGAAACACUGCACUGCACCAAUUGUGCUGUUUGUGUCCAUAAGGGUUGUAAAGAUUCUGCAGCACAGUGCCUCAAGAAAGUGCAGGACAAAUACACAGUUUCUGUGAUGAAGGCUCGAGCAGCGACACUCCCUCAAAACUUUGUAUUGCGUGAAAGCAUCACGUCUUCUCAGAUGUCCCCCUCGUCCUCCCUCCCUGUGAUGACUCCACGAGACAGAAGAGAUGCCUCAACUCUGCCAUGCAAUCUAUCCAGGAGUGUUCCUCUAGUCCCAGAAUGGCUUGCAGAGAGCCCAGAGGGAGACAGUGAUCCCUCCUCCUGGAGAUCUCAUGGUCAGUCAGAGGAGCUCCAGCAGAACGUGGAAUCUUCCACCUCUACAGACUCAUCCUUGGUUGAAGACACAGUGGACGCUCCUCUGCAGAACAGCUUCGGGACAGACGCUCUGUAUUUGGAGGCAGAGUCGUGGAGUUUAGCGGUGGAGGCCCAGUUCUGUCAGAAGCAGGAAAAACGCACGAUCAAGAGACAGGACGUCAUCUACGAGCUCAUGCAUACGGAGCUACACCACCUGCAAACGCUGACCAUCAUGGCGGAGGUGUUUAGGCGAGGACUGCGGGAGGAGGUGGGCUUGGACGCGGAGGCUAUCGCUCGGAUUUUCCCGUGCUUGGACGAGCUCCUCGUCCUGCACCGUGACUUCUUUUCCAUGAUGACGGAGCGCAGGAAUAACUCCACACAGCCUGAUAAUGAGAAGAACUACCUCAUUCACCAUGUGGGUGAUAUCCUCCUCCAACAGUUUUCUCAGGAGAAUGCCGAAAACAUGAAGCUGGUCUACGGAGAGUUCUGCAGCCGCCACAACGAAGCCGUCAGCUUCUUCAAGGAGCUCCAGCAGCAAAACAAAAGAUUUCAGCUCUUUAUUAAACAACAGAGCAGCAACUCGCUGGUAAAGAGGCGAGAGAUCCCAGAAUGCAUUCUGUUAGUGACGCAGCGCAUUACAAAAUAUCCAGUGCUUUUAGAACGGAUUCUUCAGUACACAGAAGAGGGCACACAGGAACAUGCCGAUAUCUCUGCUGCUCUGUCUCUGGUGCGAGAGAUGAUUUCAGCAGUGGAUGUGCGAGUGAGCGAGCGAGAGCAGAGCCAGAGGCUGAGCGACGUUCUCGGCCGCAUGGAAAGCAAAAGUUUAGCCAGGUUGAAGAGCGGCGCCGCAUUUCGCAAGCACGACAUGACCAACGGCCGAACGCUGCUUCACCACGGCCCGCUGCUUUGGAAGACGGCCACCGGCAGACUCAAAGAUGUGCUGGCUCUUCUGCUGACUGAUCUACUGGUAUUCCUCCAGGAGAAGGACCAGAAAUACAUCUUUGCUGCUGUUGAUCAGAAAUGUCCAGUGAUCUCCUUGCAAAAGUUGAUCGUGAGGGAGGUGGCUAACGAGGAGAGAGGUAUGUUCCUCAUCAGUGCCUCCUCCAGCGGCCCCGAGAUGUAUGAGGUGCACGCGGCGUCCAAGGACGAGCGCAACACCUGGAUGAGGCUUAUCCGUGAAGCAGUGGUGAUUUGCCAUGAGAAGGAGGAGGACACUGCAAGUGAGUCAGAAGAAGAGCGCAGAGCAGCAGAAGCCAAGAACCAGAAAAUUCAGAAGCUACAAGAGUCUCUCUACAGUCAUGACCAGCUGAUUUGCUCCAGCCUGGAGGAGAAGCUCCACAUCUAUGCCGAGCUCUCAGCCAUGGUGGGCCACAGAGACAUCAGCCCAGAGCCAAAGCUGCUGGUGUGCCCUAACACAGAAGAACUCCCUAAUGCUGCUGUUCUGCUCAACGCUGCACUUAAAGAGGCGGAGAGUCUAAAAGAAGCGCUGUCGUUUCACUGUGGCUCCACCUCCUGUCCAGGUCCUCUGCUUGUGUCUGAGGAACAGAACAAUAGUGAUGCUACUCCUCAGCUAGAGGCUCCUGAUCCUGCUUCAUCCCCUCCUCCUGUGCCUGCUGAAGAAGAACCCCAAGCAGUGGAUACUGUAAGGAGCGAGGAAGAGGAGUCGAGAGGAGAAGACAGCCUCGAGCUCCAGCUUCGGAAUCAGAGCAGUGCAACUGACAAUCAUAAUAUGCACCUUAAGAUCUGUCAGAGCGUCCAGAGUUUGACUCAGUUGCUUUACAGUUUGCAGGCCGUGGUCACCAUCCAGGACAGCCGCUACGAAGUGCGUCGUCUCCUUCUUCUCCUGCUCUCAAGUUCCACCCAACGGAUCUCCCAGGGUUCCCUGCAGGAGCAAGAGCGUCAACGUGAGGCAGAGAGGCAGCGUCAGGAGCUGGCGAGGGCAACGCGGGAACGGCAGCAGUGGACCCGCGAGUGUCAGGCUCAGCAUCAGCGUUUUGAAGAGCGUGAAAUGGAACUGGCACAGCGUGAGCAACAGUGCCACGAGGAGGCCCAGAGGCUGCAGCGCCAACGCGAGGAGCUGGAAGAGCAGCAGCAGGAGUACCAGCAGAGUCUGGAGAGGCUGAGGGAGGGCCAGCGGAGCGUGGAAAGGGAGAAGGAGAAGGUGAAAAUGCAGCAGAGGAUGACAGAAAGAUGGAAACAUGAACGCCAACACAAUACCAGCAUCAAGCUGGAAGGUCACCAAGGGUCAGGAGAUGAAACAAAAAGCUUCCAUCAUGGUCAUCACAGUGGCUUGGAUGAGGAUGGGUCUGUUUACGUAAACGAAGCAGUUUUUCUGGCUCCGUCCAUGAACAAUCGGCAUCUUCAUCACUACCAGCAUCAGUACCAGCAUAAUACACACCUGCAUCCAGGUUACGUGGAUUCCCCCAGUGCCCAGAACAGUCUAAAUUCUCUGCUGGCUUUGUCCAAUCAUACACACCCUACAAUCAGCAUGCAAGAUGAGCCGUGGACCGAAGAUGUUGGUCCAGCAAGCCAUACUACCAGGACAGCAGGAGCCGUGGGCCCAGGGAUUUAUCAAGGUGAUGCCCUCUUGGUGACGCAAGCCUUUGUUUCCAUGGAAACGGAGAACCAAGAUCCUGAGGGAGAGGAGAAAAUUGUGUAUCUCUAAGUUCAAGUCUCUUUCAUUCCUUGGACAGAAACAGGCUGCGAAGCAGGACUCCAGUUUGGUUGAGAAAUUGCACUGAUGCCGUAGACACAAAUAAUCAAUAGAUGGUGAAAGUUAAAGAUCAAAAUGAUUUUGUUUGGUGUUUCGUCUCCGACUUUCAGAUGACAUUGUUUUUCAUUUGCACUUUUUCCCCAUGCUCUCAUUGAAGUAUUCGCACUUAGAUCCAGAUUAUGGCAGAAAAUGCUGAACCAUACAUCAUACAUCAUAUCAUACAGUACAUACGUCAUGCUGUGUUUUUCUAAUGUAAAGAACAUUAACAAAACCACAUUCUCUUAAUUAUUAGAAUAUUUCAUCAGGGUCUUCUCAUAUUUGCCAUGUAGAGGAACAGCGCAUAGUGCUGUCAGGGAUGGAGUCGACACAUCAUACAUACUGUACAUACAUAGAUUUUAUUUCACUCAAGACAUUCUCCAUUUAUCUUGACAGCAAGUGAAAGCGCCACAAGCAGGUAAACUGAGACGGGAGAUCAUAGCUAGGUUUAGAUGACGGGAAGAGGGCGGCGCUUCCAGGGUGUUGGUUACUAAUAUCAGGACGUUCAAAACUUUCAAAACAUUCCAGAUUCACAUGUACAUCUACCAUUUUAUUGGGUAAGGGGAUGCUCUGUUUACUCAUCUUUGAGUGUUGGAGCACAGUAGAUAACAGUUAGUAAAUAAUUUGCUAUAAAAUGAAUGACUGAAUAAGCAUGGUAUUGUUUUAAAGGGUUAAAUCCUCAUAAUUCCCAGAUUUCAUGUGGCAUUUUCAAGGUGUGUGUGUGUGUGUGUGUGUGUGUGUGUGUGUGUGUGUGUGUGAGAGAGAGAGAGAGAGAGAGACUUAAAGGUCUUUUCUAGGGUCAGUAUUGUGUCUUACUGCCUGAAGCCUACAGAGACAGAAUUAGGUUACUCAAUUUUAACUUGCUUAUCUCACACACACACACACACACACACACACACACACACACACACACACACACACACCCCGCAUUCUGCCUUAGCCGAGCCUUACUUACCACAGCCAUCUAUCUGAAAGCUAGGCAUUUCAUUAACAUAAUACUUUUUGCAGUGGAUAUGAAAUGAAGCAUUUGUCCUGCUUUAGGAAAGCUCUGCAGUCCUGUUCCUCAGACAUCAUAAAUAUCAAAAUAUCCCUCAGAACGAUGAUUUAUCGGAACUUUUCAUCUGGCUUUUGAACUCUUCGUGAUCGUUCCACAAAUAAUGACACAUUUUAUAGUGUAAUUACAAACUCAGCAUUCACACCCCUCUAUCUUAUACCCUGUAAUCCUGCAGCACAUCCUGUAACAAAACCCUUACAGCCAGGUUUGCUGGAGCAGAUCUCUGGGUAAUCUUCUGAGCUCAAAGAGCUGGGAGAGGAACAUGCAGGUUCUUAGGAACAACAAAUUCAACGUUAAUUCAUAACUUGUGGAGAUUUAAAUGGUUUUUAACCAUUUUUUGUUUAAACAAAUGCACUGGGAACAGCACCUUGUUUUUAUGUUUGUAAAGUCUUUAAUCCUAAGUGAACUGACUGUGUAGUUGGACCACAAGCUCCCUCACUGUGCAGUGCUCUUUAAUCCAGAACAAAUGAAAACACUCACUAAAAGAUUUUGGGCUUUCUGCAUGCUGUUGGUCAUCAGCCUUUAACUUUCAUCCAUUUAACCAACUUGAGCGUGUAUAUUUGUCUUUAAGAAAAUUAAGAAAAGCAACAUAUAAAUAUUUCAGCUUUCUUUGAGGACAGAUGAAAGUGUUUUACUGAAUUUGAGUAAAAAAAAAAAAAAAAAAAAAAGUGUAAUAUCACAGAUUGUAGAAAAUUGCCCCGAAUUUUUUUUUUCCUUUUUUUUUUUUUUUUGUAACUUUUAUUUAUUGUUAUUUUAUGCAUUCUGAACUUUAUGAUGUACAUGUGGACUGUUUUAUACAAUUGUAUGUACAAAUUACUCUUUGUAAUUUAUCAUUUAAUUGAUCUUAGGCUAGAUUUAGAAAAUAGUGACAUGUCUGAAAAAUCUUUGAAUAAAGAUGGAUGAUUAUGGCUGGGUUUGAUGGUAAAACUGGAGCUGGAAGAAGA